GCUGCCCCCGCAGCUCCAGCUCGGCGCAGGCAGACUCUCAGGCUCGGCAGCAGAGCAGCUCUGAGGACGCUGAGCCCGGGCAGCCCAGGGCUCCAGGCUCUGCGAGGCAGCUGCUGCCGAGGUGGGCGAGCAGCAGGCGCGGCCGAGGCGCGGGAGCAGCCGUGCAGACUCGGGUCCCCGCGCCGGGCGAAAACGCCGGGCGGCCAAGGCGGCGCCGAAACCCCGGAUCCCAAGGCUGCCGGCCGGGCUUUCCCGGUGCGGCUCGCGCCGAGCUCCAUCCCGGGUGCGGCGGAGAGCAGGACCCGCCGGUCUCCUCCUCCGGAUCGCCCGCAAGAGGCGCGGUGCCCAGGAGCUGGCUGGAACCCGGGCCGCCCAGCCGGGUACCCGAACCGGGCAUCCAUCCAUCCCUGCCCGCAGCUGGCGCAGACAUGGGCGCACGGGGCUGCGCGCCGGGCCGUGGGACCCGCAAAGUUUGCUAGCCGGAGGUGCUCAGAGCCUAGGGCGAGCCCCGCACCGAAGCCCCAGGGGAGGUACCCCCGAAAUCACUGAAUUGGGCACGAGGACCGUGGAGCUGAGAAGGGUGGCUCGGCCUCGCUAGAUGCCUUCUGCAAAGUUAGAAGAGAAGAAAACUUCGGCUCCGGGGAGAUUCGGACCGUUAUGCUAACCGCGCCCCCCGAGCCCCGCGCCCCUUCUAAAAGACACCCAGCGCCCGCGCCUGCUACUGUGCUCCGCUUGCAUCAAGUCCCAGGGGCCCGGCGCCUGGAACCGCGGUGACUACGUCGGCCCGGGAGAACCCAACCAGGGGGCGGGGAGGGGCGGGAGGCGGGCAACGUGGCCACCAGGAGGAAGUUUCCUGAAGUUGUCCUCUCAUUCGGGAGCUCAUCCAGAGACCAGGCCGGAUCGCAGGGGUCGCCCUGCCUGCGAGAAGUAGUCUGAGUCGGGGUGCUAAGGGAUACAGGCACCCCGAAUUUGGGAGGAGGCUUGGCCUCUUUCUGCUCUCCCCUCGCUUUACGGAAUAGCCAGCACAGAAAGAGGAUCUGGGGUCGCCGGCGCGGCCCCUACGGGCAUAGCGUCCAGGACUUGGCCACGCACUCUCCCGGGACUCCACAGGAUUAUAAAGCAACUCGCAAAGAGGGGGCACUUUAGAGGACCCCUCGGUCAGCAUGUUCAGCAGCAUGUGGAGGCUGCCGCUCUGGACUCUACUGGCCCUGCAUCGGAUCCACUCGGCCGGGGCCCAAGAUGAUGUACCGCCAUACUUCAAGACGGAGCCAGUGCGCACACAAGUGCAUCUGGAAGGGAACCGCCUGGUGCUCACCUGCAUGGCUGAAGGCAGCUGGCCGCUGGAGUUCAAGUGGCUACACAACAAUCGGGAGCUGACCCGGUUCUCGCUGGAGUACAGGUACAUGAUUACCAGCCUGGACCGCACCCACGCUGGCUUCUACCGCUGCAUCGUGCGUAACCGGAUGGGGGCCCUGCUACAGCGGCAGACUGAGGUCCAGGUGGCCUACAUGGGGAGCUUUGAGGAAGGCGAGAAGCGCCAAAGUGUGAACCACGGAGAAGCUGCUGUCAUCAGAGCACCUCGCAUUUCCAGCUUCCCCCGGCCACAGGUGACCUGGUUCCGUGACGGACGCAAGAUCCCACCCAGCAGCCGCAUAGCCAUCACCCUGGAGAACACCCUGGUCAUCCUGUCGACGGUGGCUCCCGAUGCUGGCCGCUACUACGUGCAGGCCGUUAAUGACAAGAACGGAGACAACAAGACCAGCCAGCCCAUCACUCUUGCCGUGGAGAAUGUUGGGGGACCCGCUGACCCCAUUGCACCAACCAUCAUCAUCCCACCCAAGAACACCAGUGUCGUGGCUGGGACCUCAGAGGUGACCAUGGAGUGUGUGGCCAACGCCAGGCCUCUCAUCAAGCUGCACAUUGUGUGGAAGAAGGACGGGGCUCCACUCUCCAGUGGCAUCAGCGACUACAACCGCAGGCUCACCAUCACCAACCCCACGGUCAGCGACGCCGGCUACUACGAGUGCGAAGCCAUGCUUCGCAGCAGCAGUGUGGCCCCCGUCACCCGGGGCGCCUACCUCUCGGUGCUGGAGCCACCUCAGUUUGUCAGAGAGCCUGAGAGACAUAUCACAGCCGAGAUGGAGAAGGUGGUGGACAUCCCCUGUCGAGCCAAAGGGGUACCGCCUCCCUCCAUCACCUGGUACAAGGACGCUGCGUUGGUGGAGGUGGGGAAGCUAACCCGCUUCAAGCAGCGCAGCGAUGGCGGCCUGCAGAUCAGCGGCCUGCUGCCCGACGACACCGGCAUGCUCCAGUGCUUUGCCCACAACGCAGCUGGCGAGGCCCAGACCUCCACCUACCUGGCCGUCACCAGCAUUGCCCCUAAUAUCACCAGAGGCCCCCUUGACAGCACGGUGAUUGAUGGCAUGUCGGUGGUACUAGCAUGUGAGACCUCAGGGGCACCACGGCCUGCUAUCACUUGGCAAAAAGGGGAGCGCAUCUUGGCCAGUGGCUCUGUCCAGCUGCCUCGCUUCACACUGCUGGAAUCUGGCAGUCUGCUCAUUAGCCCAACCCACAUCUCGGACGCCGGCACCUACACCUGUUUGGCCACCAACUCUCGGGGAGUAGACGAGGCAUCAGCAGACCUGGUGGUGUGGGCCCGGACACGCAUCACUAAGCCACCCCAGGACCAGAGUGUCAUCAAGGGCACCCAGGCCUCCAUGGUGUGUGGAGUGACCCACGAUCCCAGAGUGACUGUCAGGUACGUGUGGGAGAAGGAUGGGGCCACACUGGCCGUGGAGACUAAUCCUCGGAUCCGCCUGGACAGAAAUGGCUCCCUACACAUCUCGCAGACGUGGUCAGGGGACAUUGGCACGUAUACCUGCCGGGUGCUCUCGGCUGGUGGCAAUGACUCUCGCAACGCACACCUGCGUGUCAGGCAGCUCCCCCAUGCCCCUGAGCACCCUGUGGCAACCCUCAGCACCGUGGAGAGACGUGCCAUCAACCUGACCUGGGCCAAACCCUUCGACGGCAACAGCCCUCUGAUGCGCUACAUCUUGGAGAUGUCAGAAAACAAUGCUCCCUGGACCAUACUCCUGGCCAGCGUGGACCCAGAAGCCACCUCAGUGAUGGUCAAGGGACUGGUUCCCGCUCGAUCCUACCAGUUCCGCCUGUGCGCUGUCAACGAUGUGGGCAAAGGACAGUUCAGUAAGGACACAGAAAGGGUGUCCCUUCCUGAGGAGCCCCCCACGGCCCCUCCGCAGAACGUCAUCGCCAGCGGCCGGACCAACCAAUCCAUCAUGAUCCAAUGGCAACCACCUCCCGAGAGCCACCAGAAUGGGAUCCUCAAGGGCUACAUCAUCAGAUUCUGCCUGGCAGGGCUACCUGUUGGGUACCAGUUUAAGAACAUCACAGAUGCUGACGUCAACAACCUGUUGCUGGAGGACCUCAUCAUUUGGACCAAUUACGAGAUCGAGGUGGCUGCCUACAACAGCGCCGGGCUGGGUGUCUACAGCAGCAAAGUCACCGAGUGGACGCUGCAGGGAGUUCCCACAGUGCCCCCGGGCAAUGUGCAUGCAGAAGCCACAAAUUCUACCACCAUCCGAUUCACCUGGAAUGCCCCGAGCCCGCAGUUCAUCAAUGGCAUCAACCAGGGCUACAAGCUGAUUGCCUGGGAGCCAGCCCAAGAAGAGGAGGUUACCAUGGUGACCGCCAGACCCAACUUUCAAGACAGCAUCCAUGUGGGCUUCGUGUCCGGCCUGAAAAAAUUCACAGAGUACUUUACCUCGGUCCUCUGCUUCACCACACCAGGAGACGGGCCUCGGAGCAGCCCCCAGCUGGUGCGCACACAUGAGGACGUACCUGGACCUGUGGGACACCUGAGCUUCAAUGACAUCCUGGACACCUCGCUGAAGGUCAGCUGGCAGGAGCCAGGCGAGAAGAACGGCAUCCUGACAGGGUACCGGAUCUCCUGGGAAGAGUACAACAGAACCAACACCCGUGUGACCCACUACCUGCCCAACGUAACCCUGGAGUACCGAGUCACGGGCCUCACAGCACUCACCACCUAUACUAUAGAGGUGGCUGCCAUGACUUCCAAGGGCCAGGGCCAGGUGUCAGCCUCCACUAUUUCAUCUGGUGUGCCUCCAGAGCUUCCAGGGGCACCCACCAACCUGGGCAUUUCCAACAUCGGCCCACGAUCCGUGACCUUGCAGUUCAGGCCUGGCUAUGACGGGAAGACGUCCAUCUCCCGCUGGGUGGUGGAGGCUCAGGUGGGCGUGAUCGGCGAGGGCGAGGAGUGGUUGCCCAUCUACCAACUGGGCAAUGAGCCUGACGCCCGUUCCAUGGAGGUGCCAGACCUCAACCCCUUCACCUACUACAGCUUCCGCAUGCGCCAAGUGAACAUCGUCGGCACCAGCCCACCCAGUCAACCUUCUAGAAAGAUCCAGACCCUCCAGGCGCCCCCAGACAUAGCCCCAGCCAAUGUGACUCUGCGCACAGCCAGUGAGACCAGCUUGUGGCUCCGAUGGAUGCCCCUCCCAGAAAUGGAGUACAACGGCAACCCUGAGUCGGUGGGCUACAAGAUCAAGUACGGCCGCUCUGACGGCCACGGCAAGACGCUGAGCCACACGGUACAAGACCGAGUGGAGCGAGAAUACACUAUUGAGGACCUGGAGGAGUGGACAGAGUACCGCGUCCAAGUCCAGGCCUUCAACGCCAUCGGGAGCGGGCCGUGGAGCCAGGCGGUGGUGGGCAGGACCCGGGAGUCAGUCCCAUCCUCUGGCCCCACCAACGUGUCGGCUCUGGCCACCACCUCUAGCAGCAUGCUGGUCCGCUGGAGCGAGAUCCCGGAGGCAGAUCGAAAUGGCCUCGUGCUGGGCUACAAGGUGAGGUACAAGGAGAAGGACUCGGACUCCCAGCCCCGGUUCUGGCUGGUAGAAGGUAACUCAUCCCGCAGCGCCCAGCUCACAGGCCUGGGCAAGUAUGUGCUCUACGAGGUCCAGGUUCUGGCCUUCACACGCAUCGGCGAUGGCAGCCUGAGCCACCCUCCCAUCCUGGAGCGGACACUAGAUGAUGUCCCAGGCCCCCCCAUGGGCAUCCUGUUUCCAGAGGUGAGAACCACAUCUGUGCGGCUCAUCUGGCAGCCCCCGGCAGCUCCCAACGGCAUCAUUCUGGCCUACCAGAUCACACACCGGCUCAACACCACUACAGCCAACACCGCCACAGUGGAGGUCCUGGCCCCCAGCGCCCGCCAGUACAUGGCUACAGGCCUCAAGCCGGAGUCUGUCUACCUAUUCCGUAUCACAGCCCAAACCCGCAAAGGCUGGGGAGAGGCUGCUGAGGCCUUGGUGGUGACUACAGAGAAGAGAGACCGGCCACAGCCCCCUAGCAAGCCCGUGGUACAGCAGGAAGACGUGAAAGCACGCAGUGUGCUGCUGUCGUGGGAGCCAGGCAGCGAUGGGCUCUCCCCAGUACGAUACUACACCAUCCAGACGCGGGAGCUACCCAGCGGCAGGUGGGCUCUGCACUCGGCCUCCGUGAGCCACAAUGCCUCCGCCUUCACUGUGGACAGACUCAAACCCUUUACGUCCUACAAGUUCCGAGUGAAGGCGACCAACGACAUCGGCGAUAGCGAGUUCAGCGAGGAAUCAGAGUCGCUGACCACCCUGCAGGCCGCCCCAGAUGAGGCACCUACCAUCCUAUCAGUGACUCCGCACACCACCACCUCUGUGCUAAUCCGAUGGCAGCCUCCAUCUGAGGACAAGAUCAACGGCAUCCUCUUGGGCUUCCGGAUCCGGUACCGGGAGCUGCUCUAUGAUGGGCUGAGGGGCUUCACUCUUCGAGGCAUCAACAACCCUGGGGCCAAGUGGGCUGAGCUCACCUCCUUGUACUCCAUGCGGAACCUGACCCGGCCCAGCCUCACGCAGUACGAGCUGGACAAUCUGAGCAAGCACAGGCGUUACGAGAUCCGAAUGAGCAUAUACAACGCCGUGGGUGAGGGACCCUUGAGCCCGCCGCAAGAGGUCUUUGUUGGGGAGGCAGUGCCCACGGCAGCACCGCAGAACGUGGCCAUCCACAGUGCCACAGCCACACAGCUGGAUGUGACCUGGGAGCCACCCCCUUUGGACAACCAGAAUGGAGACAUCCAAGGAUACAAGAUUUAUUUCUGGGAAGUCCAGCGGAGGAACCUCACAGAGAGGGUGAAGACUCUCUUCCUGGCUGAGAACAGCGUGAAACUCAAGAACCUGACGGGCUAUACAGCCUACAUGGUCAGCGUGGCAGCCUUCAAUGCUGCGGGGGAUGGGCCGAGGAGCACCCCGACCCGGGGCCAGACUCAGCAAGCAGCCCCCAGUGCCCCAGGCUCAGUCAAGUUCAGCGAGCUGACCACUACCUCAGUGAAUGUGUCCUGGGAUGCCCCACAGUUCCCCAACGGUCCUCUGGAGGGCUACAGGCUGGUGUACGAACCCUGCACCCCAGUGGAUGGGGUCAGCAAGAUUGUGACAGUGGACGUGAAGGGGAACAGCCCACUGUGGCUGAAAGUGAAGGAUCUGGCCGAGGGCAUGACCUAUCGUUUCCGAAUCAAAGCCAAGACCUUCACCUAUGGGCCUGAGAUCGAAGCCAACAUCACUACAGGCCCUGGAGAAGGUGCCCCAGGACCACCGGGAGUACCUAUCAUCGUUCGGUACAGCUCAGCCAUUGCCAUCCACUGGUCCAGCGGAGAUCCUGGCAAAGGGCCCAUCACGCGCUACGUAAUAGAGGCCAGGCCUUCAGAUGAGGGGCUCUGGGACAUUCUCAUCAAGGAUAUCCCCAAGGAGGUGACUUCUUACACCUUCAGCAUGGACAUCCUGAAGCCAGGCGUAAGCUACGACUUCCGGGUCAUCGCAGUCAACGACUAUGGCUUUGGCACUCCCAGCAGCCCCUCCCAGUCUGUGCCAGCCCAGAAAGCCAGCCCCUUUUAUGAGGAAUGGUGGUUCUUAGUGGUCAUUGCCCUUGUGGGCCUCAUCUUCAUCCUUCUCCUGGUCUUCGUACUCAUCAUCCGAGGUCAGAGCAAGAAGUACUCCAAGAAGACAGAUGCAGGAGGGAAUACCAAGUCGGGAGCGCUCGGCCACGGGGAGAUGCUAAGCUUGGAUGAAAGCAGUUUCCCUGCUCUGGAGCUCAACAACCGUCGGCUGUCCGUAAAGAACUCCUUCUGCAGGAAGAACGGCUUGUACACCAGGUCCCCUCCCAGGCCCAGUCCAGGUAGCCUACAUUAUUCUGAUGAAGAUGUCACCAAGUAUAAUGACCUCAUCCCAGCCGAGAGCAGCAGCCUGACUGAGAAGCCCUCGGAGAUCUCUGACUCCCAGGGGAGUGACAGUGAGUACGAAGUGGACACGAACACCCAGAAAGCCCACUCCUUUGUCAACCAUUACAUCAGUGACCCCACAUACUACAACUCUUGGCGGCGCCAACAGAAAGGCAUCUCUCGGGCCCAGGCCUACAGCUACACAGAGAGUGAUUCCGGCGAACCUGACCACGUCACUGUCCCCAACAGUAACAGCACCCAGCAAGGCAGCCUCUUCCGGCCCAAGGCCAGCCGGACUCCAACGCCCCAAAACCCCCCGAAUCCCCCGAGUCAGCAGAGCACCCUCUACCGUCCCCCCAGCAGCCUCGCCCCUGGCUCUCGGGCUCCCAUAGCUGGGUUCUCAUCCUUUGUUUGACAUCAAAAGAGGAGAAAGAAUGGGGAGAAAAAAGAGACACCAAAAUCUUCCUUUGCCACUUCCCAAAACGCCUGCCAGAAAACACGCAAGAAAACCCCACCAAGACAUCGACUCAACUUUUCACCUCCCAAGUUUAUUUUUCCAGAGAUUCCAGGGCCAGCAAAGCCGGGUUGGAGGACGGGCGGAGGGAGAAGAAACCCACAGGCGGACUUGGAUACACGUGACCUGCAAUGGCUUCACAUCCUUGGGGUCCACUUUGCAGUGUGGAGGGCUGGAGACCAGAUAGUCUUCACUUCUACGGAGGAUAGAGGGGCUUGGGGCACUGGAGAGAGUGAGCCAUAAGGCAGGUGGGGCUGAGGGAUCUGAAAGCUUCUAGAGAUGCAGAUGGCUUCACCCCUCACACUUGUGCUAGAUCUCUGGGCUUGGUAUCUUUACCCCUCUGCAAAAAGGAUGGGUGUGCUCAGAGGCGAAGCCUGCCUGCUGUCUCUGGCUCUUCGUGGCCUUGUCAUCCCCCUGCCCUGCCUCGGCAUCCCCCAAGGGCUCAUGGCCCUCGUUACAACUUCUUCACCAAGCAUUUGGCUUAUUUUGGAAGAAAAAGAAAAAUCAAAUGGUAAGAAUCAAUCCACUUAGCAACUUCCUUGUUCCUACAAAACAAUUUUUUUUUUUAAUUGUAAAUUCAAGGAAGAGGGCCUAAGGGUUGGGAGAGAAAGAAUCCCUCCACAGCCACAUAACUGAGCCUCCUGUUGCUUGGAUUCACUUCCCAGAAUGCUGAUAAGGAAAGGUAACAUCUGGGGAGUGGAGACCCAAGGUGUUGGCUCCACACUAAGGGAUGCUUCAGGGAGAUGUCCUGCAGGAAGUCAGAGACGCAAGGAUAAAACCUUGGCUAUUCCUUCUGAUCCACCAGCCCAACCCUAAGAGAAAGGAAACAAAGGGUUGGGGGCAGUGCCUAGGAUAGGAAACAGCCCACCCAGCCUGGCAGGAGGAAGGUUCUAUGUUCAGAUUAUCGCUUUCCUAUGAAUGUACACCUUCCUGCUAGCCCAUGCAGCUGCCCCAUGAACUCGGAGGAAAAAGGGUCCAGGGGCUCCUCUUAAGAGGAUACCCUGGAACUCUUGCCCAACAACUUUCUCACUUUAAGACCUGUGUAGCCCCGCCCUCUGUCUCUACCACAACAUACAGGGGCCCAGAGGGGCGGUCCAGUCCCUGGUCCUGAGGCUUUAUAAAGAAUCAAAGGUUAUAAGGUUGUGGGUCCCGUGUCUGCUCUACCACAGGGCAUGACCGCUUGGGGAAGCAGAACGCAGGGAGAUUGCACUCAUCCCACGCCAUCGUCGCAGGGCCGGUGCUGGGAUGCAGGGAAGUCCCGGGACACCACUAGGGGGGAGGGGGAGGGGAAGUGCAAUCUGAGGAGUGGGGCAGCCAGUCUCUGGGGCUUCUAGCCUUAGUUCAUCUGAGGACCAUGCUACCUUUCACGGUCCACUUCCCCACAAAAGGUCACUUCAACUCCCCCUAAUAUCUCCCAGGCGGGGUUCAGUGAAGGCAGAGCUGGGAAGGACCAAAGAAGGGUCAGCCAGGAAGCCUUGUCAAACUGCACACAGCAAUUGAGAUGCAUGGUCAGCCCAGCCAGGAGAGGCGGGUCAGAUAGCAUCAAGGGACAAGAAUAGCUGAUGGGAGGGAAAGCUGUUCCUCCCAGGAAAGUUCUGUAAAAAAAACCACGGGGGGCCUGAGCUUCUCAUCAGCCUUCCAGGCCUUCCAACUCAAGGAUUUGGGGAGGUGGUUUUCUGAUGUCCUGGGUUGACUUGGGCCCUUGGGGACAGGAAUCAGCCUAAAGCUCGCCCUGCUGCUGGAAAUGCUUGGCUGCCUCCUUCAUAGGCUUCACUGGGGCAUGUCCAAUUCAAUAAAGGGUCAGACUUGCGGGGAGUCAGCAGAGCAGUUACUGCUGGCCUUGUUGAGAGGCCCUAGUGGAGAGCCUGUAGCCAUUCUCAGCAGUCUCUAGUCCCUGCUAAUUCUCACUGGGCAGAGAAGCCAGGGUCAAAGCCUGAGUUAAGAACAUACUUAAGCAGGGCGUGGUGGCACACACCUUUAAUCCCAGUACUGGGGAGGCAGAGGCAAGCGAAUUUCUGAGUUUGAGGUCAGCCUGGUCUACAAAGUGAGUUCCCGGACAGCCAGGGGCUACACAGAGAAACCCUGUCUCGAAAAAAAAAAAAAAAAAAGCACAUACUUGAGUAUUAUGUGGUCUCUCCUCCCUACACACCUGACCCCUGGGAUAUUGAGAGAGAUGCGGGAAGCCAGGUCAGCAGGCAGGUGACCCAACUGCUGGGUGUGAACAGUUUGCUUUUCACAGUGACUUCUCUUAGGCAGAUGCUGCAAAGGCUCUUAAGCCAGGAAGCACAGCCUUGUCCCCAAAGGACAACAAAUUGGCAGAGACCUUGCCCCUCCAGGGACGCAGGUUUCCCAGGGCUACCUUGAACUUUGUCAGUCGCCUGGACCCCAGCCCCCGCAGCAUCUGACAUCUCCAAAGCCGCACAUCCGCAGAGGCAGCGGCUGCAUGAGUUCACACUGCCACGCUCACUGUCCGUCCCUUGUGUCUUUUUAAAACAACUCUCAUCUUUUUUUUUUUUUUCCUCCUGUCUUCGGAGGCUUUAACCAUUUAAGGAUGUUGUGAGUUUACAUUAGGGAAUUAUCAGCCCAGCCUCGCCCAGCCCAGCCCAGUCCAGUGAGGGAGCUUUAAAGAGGAAGUGGGAAUGUGUUUUUAAAAAAAUCAUUUGUGUGUGUGUGUGUGUGUGUGUGUGUGUGUGUGUGUGUGUGUGGUGUUGCACAGGAGGCCAAUUUUCCUUUGCCUUUAACAAAUCACCUUGUGCACUGAGAUCCCCCUCCGUCCUCCAUGUGUUCACUGGAACCCUUGCUGGCAUCCUUGUGCACAAACUUGGGCUUACAUAUAAGCAUAUAAAGAUAUGCACAGAGCAUACAUCUAUGUGUGCUAACAUAGGGGCUCUUGACAUGCCCUCUGACGGCCCCUUGGCUGUCUCUCAUCCUCAUGAGGCACGGACAGCCUGGGUCACUUGCACUUGGGGUAUCGGUGAGACCUAUUACCCGAGCAGCUGAGCACAUUACAAGCUACAACUCGGAGAAGAGCCUAGGGUGAGAGCCUCUGUUUUGGCACUGCCUGCCAGGGGUGGGGGGGUGGGGUGGGGGAAUUAUUACCUACACAGCCACAGCCACAGCUGGACACCCAGUAGGUUUCCAGCUGUGGAACUCUAGGUUGUUCAAUGAGAUCUUUUGGCCUAUGUUUACAUUUCUGCUGGGUACUGGAGAAUUCCAAGAACUCCACCCAGAUACCCCACCAUAUUCUAAGGGUAUGGCAGGCGGGCACCGACCCUGGGUAAGGGGAAGCUUUCAUUUUCCUGAGCCUAUGAGGCCAGGGCUGUUGUCUUGUGACUAUGGGGAACAAGUUCACAGAAGGACACGCCUAGCCCUCUUGCUGUUGCCUCUCUGUGCCCUGAGGAAAUCUGCCCUGUAUUCAGGAGCCCACACUUAGCAGGCUGGCAUGGCUCUCUCCUCUCCUGGCAGCGCCUGCCUCCUGCAUUCUUGCAGGCUCUGCGCCUAGAUUGCCAAGACUAACCAAAUAGCUGCUCUGGAUUCCAGGAGCAUCUUCCUCCAGAGAGCAACAGGGAGUUUACAACCCCCGAGCUGCUGCCUCUCCUAUCCCCUCUCCACCACAAACCUGACACUGCCCAGGAAUCAGAGGGAACAAGGACACAGCUGGGCUGCCUUGCCAGCCCUUGCUUUUCGAGGCCUUCUGUCAUUGCUGUCCAUGACUGCCCUGGACAGCAUUUCUAAAGGUGCCAGAACCUCACAUUAGACUGCCCCAGGCAGGGGUUCCCCUCGCCUUCUCGAGUGGCACACAGUGAAGGUGCCACCAUAUGCGUGCAGCCAGCCAGCUGGACCAUCAAUGGGGGAAAGAGGGGACCCACAGACAGCCACCACCAGCUCCUGAGUGCCUCUGUGAUCCCAUACAGGGACACCCACCCUAACCAACACCUUGAGCACAGGUGCCCCUCCACCCCCUUGGGACAACCCCCACCUUUCUGUUUCCAUAAAAAGACAAAUCCAAAGCAUUUAAGUGUGUUCCUUCCUCCACCCAUAUAGACUCCCAAAACAAAACUCGGUACAAAUCUUUAUUUUUUUGAUUUAAAAGCUAUAAUGAAAAAUUAUAGGGAGAGUAUUCAUUAUGGCAGGUGUCUAUCUGUAAGAAAAAUAAAUAUAUCUAUAUGUCAUAUAGCUUGUUAGCAAGUUUAUUUUUUAAAUGAAAGGUAAGAAAGAAAUUGAUUUGAAAUAUAUACCGCCAGAAGUCCUAUGUCCUGUCAAACUGUCAGUAUUUUAUAAAUAAACUUUUUUUUUUUUG